AUGGCUGUGGCGCCGAUCGAUUCCGCCCAGGGUGAUCAGACAUCGACCUCCGAUUCUGGCCAUGGUAAUCUCAAUCCGCCCACCCAGGGUGGUGCGAAGCCGAAGCCGCCCUCUGAUUCUGGCCGUGGCGAUCUCAAUCCGCCCACCCAGUGUGGUGCGAAGCUGCCCUCUGAUGCCGGCCAAGCUGAUCACAAUCCUCCCACCCAGGGUGGUGCGAAGCCAAAUCCGAAGCCGCCCUCUGAUUCCAGCCAAACUGAUCUCAAUCCGCCCACCCAGGGUGGUGCGAAGCUGAAGCCGAACCCAAACCCGCCGAAGCAUGGUCUGUGUUGCAAACUAGGGCUAAAAAUAUGCUGCAAACCUGUCGUUCCGAUUCCAACAGUUCCAAUUCCACUACCACCUCCGCCUCCUCCUCCGAAGUAA